AAAGAGGCUCUCGAUGUUUUUGGAUCUGAGAAGUUGAAGCCCAGAGCAACAUGGACUCCAACAAUAUCUCCCGCGCCCCUUCUUUCUGAUGUCAUUAUUCUAAUCAAAUUACAUCCCAGUUGCCUCGCCCACACACUCGAUCCACUCACUCACUCACCUCCCCUUUCCUCUCAACAAAGCAACAAACAAAUAUUCAUCAACGACUUCAGAAUCUCAGAUCUAAAAUGUACCACCCUCUUUACUUUUCUCAUUUCUUUUUCUCUUGGAUUCCCCGCAUUUAACCCCACACACACUGACACACACACUUCUGCGUUUGUAUCACAGCUUCAGUUGCGUGUUUCUUCCGUUUCCUUUUCAGUUAGUUAGCAGUCCCAAUUCCAAUUCAAUGGCUUCUGACAGCAACAAUAGCAACAGUAGCCACCAUAAAUCUCUCUCAUCAAGAAACCAACAGCAACAACUCGUCUCCGCAAUGAUCAAGCAAGGCUUCAUUUCCGACCCCUUUCUCUCUCCUUCUCGUCCCAACUCUCUCUCCCCUCCCGCCAACUUCCGGGCCCUCGCCUCCCCGAAUCAGAGCCCGACCCUCUUCGAUAUGAUGUCCAUGGAGCAGGCCCGCCAGCCCAAACCCGCCUCCGAAGCCCACAAGAAACUCCAAGAAAGCGUUUCCCUUAUCCUGUCAGAAGCCCCAUUUCAGAACAGCGGUCAGUGGGGGGUGGGUGACGUCAGGCUGACGAUAGCAGCGAGAGCGGUCGCGGGAGAAGGGGAUACGGGGCAAUUCCGGGUGUCGAUGGAGGUUCACAGGAGUGUGCUGGCCGCGAAAAGCAGAUUCUUCGCUGAGAAACUACGGAGGAGCGGUACCCACUCGGUCGAGAUUCUUGAUUGCGAUGACGUGGCGGUCUAUGUGAAGGCCGUGGUGCUCAUGUACUGUGAUGAAUUGAAGGCCAAGCUCAUGGGUGCGGAGGUCCCCAAGAUUUUGACCCUCUUGAAGAUAUCAUCUGACAUUAUGUUUGAUGACGGGGUACGAGCUUGUUUGGACUACCUAGAAGCCGUGCCUUGGUCUGAGGACGAUGAAGAAAGUGUGAUUUUUCAUCUGAACCAACUGCAGCUCGACACCUCGAAAACAGAUGUCGUUCUCCAAAGAGUGAUACCCGACCCAUCCACAUCCCCAAGAGCAGAUGAGGUAUUUCUAAAGCUAUCCAUGAGCAUAUUGCAAGCCAAAGACGAAAAAGCCCGUCGAGAAAUCAAGUCAUUAAUAUCUCGUUUGCUCAGAGAAGAUCGCGAUAACAAUAACGAAAACAGCAAUAAUAAGCUCGAUAUCUCCAAGGACACACUUUACCAACUUUGCCACAGGUGCCUUGGCUCCCUAAUCCUAUACUUAUCUGGCGCCACGUCAUUGGACGACGAAAGCGGGCCAGCCCGCGGGGCCCUAAUGGGCGAGAUAGCCCGUGAGGCUGACAACAUGCAAUGGAUAGUGGGGAUUUUGGUAGAAAUGAAAAUGGGGGAUGAGUUCGUGCAGUUGUGGGCCGACCAAAAGGAACUCGCUGUCCUUCAUUCGAAAAUCCCGACAAUGUACCGACAUGAAAUUAGCAAAAUCACUGCCCAAUUGUGUGUGUGUAUUGGUAAAGGGCAAGUCUUGGUUCCUACAGAGAGUCGGCUCGAUUUGCUGUCCACUUGGCUGGAGGCUCUUUAUGAUGAUUUUGGGUGGAUGAGAAUGAGGGGAAGGUCGGUGGAUAGGAAAUUGAUUGAGGAUGGAUUGGGCAGGACAAUUUUGACCCUGCCUUUGGACAAACAGCAACAGAUUCUGAUUAAGUGGUUUGAUAGAUUUCUUAAUGGAGGGGACGACUGCCCGAAUAUUCAGAGUGCAUUUGAGAUUUGGUGGAAAAGGGCUUUCUUGAGGGGCUGUGUGGUUGACUCGGGAUUGCAGAUGACAGUGUGUGAUGUCCCGCAUUGAAUAGGUAAGUGGGUUAUUGUUUGUGUCAUCCUAUUCAAGUGCACUUUUGUGAAUAAAGGUAUAUUCCAUUCAACCCUGUUCAUUAUUAUUUUUCUCUGUUUUUUUGGGUGCAAGUGAGAUUAUCCAUCUCUUUUGGUGGAUUCUGACUUGUUUGAGACUUUCUAAAUAAUGCGGAUGGACUGGCAAUAGGCGUUGUAUAGUUAGUUUUUGAGAUUUAUCGUCUUAGGGUCAGUUACGUGUUGAGUUGCUGGAAGGAUAACUGAGUAGCUACAGUUUGAAUGGUUUUUUCGUUUUCACGUCGGUUGAUGGCUUGAGGCCUUCAUUGAAUAAGAUCAGUUGCACCCUUGAUAAGAAUCAUUUAAUGGAAAGAUUUAUGUGCAAUCAGACUUUUUCUUUUUCUGGAGUUUUGUUUCAUUCGUGUUUUGAUUCUACAUAAUAUUCUGUGCUUUUGCAUGCUGCACUUCUCUGAUUGCAGAUUGUUCAAGGGUUUGUAAGGCCAUGCCUCUAGGACACAUUCAUUUGAGCUUUUA